AUGGAGGCGACCGAACGCAAAAAUGUUGCCGUGAUUGGCACAGGCAUGGCUGGGUUAGUUGUCGCAUACAUGCUCAGAAACGAUCCUCGGGGGAGAUUUGACGUCGAAGUGUUCGAAAAGCAAGACAAACUUUCGCUCGACUCCGCGUCAUACAACCUCCCAAAUCAGGAUGGCGGAGCGAAGCCUGAACGCCUCGAUCUUCCCAUGCGCACAUUCGCCGACGGAUACUACGAAAGUCUCAAGCGCAUGUACGAUUAUUUCGGUAUCCCGUAUGGCUCGCUACGGUUCAUUUAUUCCCUGUCGACACUACCGGAGAAUUCCACAAAACAAGCCUCUCCGUACUACAUGCAUGCCUCGAAUAACCACCAACUACCCCCCUUGCGCCCGGAUGGCUUAUCAUGGACCGGGUGGCUGAUCGAGGUGUGCUACCUGGCAAUAUGCUACUAUUGGUUCAAAGCCUGCUGCUUCUUUGUAGCCCCCAAAACGGUGGAGUCGUCUGGCACGGAGGAAUCUCUGCGACAAUACGUGGAAAGAAUUAUGUUGCCCAGUUACUACCUGAAAAACUACUUCCUGCCGGUCUUCGCAAGCGUUGCAACUUGCUCACACGAGGCGCUAAUGGAUUUCCCAGCUCUUGAUCUGGUCGGUUAUGGGAGACGCACAUUCCGUAAGAAUCACUACACAGUUCUUGGUGGGGUUCAGCAUGUCGAGAAUAAACUGUCCGAAGGCUUGUCAUAUAAACUUGGUAUGAAGGUCACAGCGGUCGAGAAUAUCGGCACAAAAGUUCAAGUGAGCUGGAUAGAUACCCGUGAUGGUCAGAGCAGCUCACGGCUAUUUGACCAUGUGGUUCUUGCCGUGACGCCCGACGUAGUUGGCGCCAUUUUUGAGCCUCUCCGAAGCGCGAUGAAGGCUGUUCCCACAACGACUGUUCAAUCCGUUGUGCACCGCGACUUUUCUCGGAUUCAAAGUUCUAGCAAAUCCCUCUGGGCGCAAGUGUCCCUGGCCCCCGGCGAAUCACCACCUCACCCCCUCCACAUGUGCUCAGGUGCUACAGCGACUGAAACGAUUCAUGAACAUCCGUCAUCCGCUCUUAUUACGACUUAUCCCAUUUCUCCGAUUGACCCUGAGAAGGUCUUGUACACUGCCACAUUCACUCGUGUUUUGCGAUCAUCCACCAGCAGACAAAUCAUCAACCAGAUCUUCAGCCAGAAGACGUCUGGAGAUGAUAAGAGCCAGCUUUGGCGGAAUGGAGAUGGAAAUGUCUGGCUCGUCGGCGGUUGGUGCUGGGAUGGGAUGGUUCUGCUCGAGGGGUGUCUCACAUCUGCGACGAGGGUGGCGAACGCCCUUGAUGUCGAGGUGCCUUGGAUGAAAGAGUCCUCUUGA